UCAUUAGGCUCCCUGUUCACCACCUCAUCAUUUCAGCAUCUUCAACGACAAACAGCAAAACCAAGGAUUAAAAAAAAAACAAAAAAAACUCAACUUCUACUUGGUAAACGUCUGCUUUUUCUUUGCAGAGAAGAUCAAGUCUGAAGAAUUAAAAAAAAAAAAUUUUCUUUGACAUCGAAUAAUUUCUGUUAAUAUUAUCACAAAAACCAGCUGCAGCCAUUUCACCACCAGCUGCCAUGUACAGCUCCAGCUGCUCCCGGGUCAAGCUCGGCCCAGAGGCCCGGCAGCCGCUGUACAGAAACAAAGGGAAGAGCUGCGGCUACUACAUGAGGAUCGUUUUCUUCUUUUCAUCCCUCAUCCAGUCGCUCAUCAUCGUCAGCCUGGUGCUCCUGCUCAUCUACGGACAGCCAGAAAAGUCUGCAGAGGAGGAGAGGGUCAAGAAGCUGGAGCUGGAAUUUAACAAGCUGAGCGCAGACAACAUGAACCUGACAAAGCAGAAAGUCGAGCUUGGAGCAAAGCUUGCUGCUAGUUUGGCUGAGAAAGCGGCUCUGCAGAAAGAGAUGGCGAACCUCACAAAAUUCAGAUCCAACACUAGAUUCAGCCCUCAGUUUCCCAUGCGCUGUCCUCCCUGUCUUCCACCACCUACAUAUAUCCAUAUUGCAAAGUGUCAGGAACGCGUCCAAAAUGAGACAGCACUUGUUAAAUCAAACGCCAAUCAGGUGGUUCACAAUCUGUUGUCCGAGAGGGACAACGCCUUCAGAGAUCGAGACAACGCCAUCAGAGAUCGAGACAACGGCUUCAGAGAUCGAGACGUCCAUCUCACGGAGGCCAGGAAGCUGCGCAGAGAUAAGGAUCUCCUGGAGGAGAAGCUCACCGCCUACAAAAGGAAGUGCAAAGAAGACUUUGUUCAGGCUCUGAGUGGGGUCCAGACUGUGACCACCACGUUUUUGAAUAAGAUCGACAACCUGUUCCCUCACUCGCUGACGUUCCACCUCACCUGCAAGAGCCAGAGAGAACAGCUGGAGACGAUAAAAAGCAACUGCACCAACCUGUCCAGGGAAGUGGAGAACAAGUUGCAGCCGUAUCUGGACCACGUGGGCGAGACGAUGACUGAGAUUCAAUGGCGCUCCAGUCAACUAGAGGUGCAAAACUCGGAUCUGACCUCCAAACUGCAGCAGUGUGAAGACAAACACAAGGCGGCAGUCGCUAAAGCUACCACGGAUUUAGACGAGAAGCAAAAGUUUCAUGAUCAACAGUUAACGACAUUACUGAAAGAGAAACUCCAGCAGGAGCAACAACUGGCCCAGAAAGACACAGAGAUUCAGGCGCUGCAUCAAAUGCUGCCCAGCAAGGCUGGCCCACCAAACGCUGCUUUCCUGCAGACUAUGCCUCAGCAGGGCAGGUAGGCUGCUACCAACAUGUCUGACGUGACGCAGACCUGAAGAGGUUGGUUGAUAUGAGUCGUGAAUCCAUCUAUUACCUGUAGCAUCGAUUUCCAAAGAACAGAAAACCCACAGCAACUUCGACUGUGAACUUUCAACUGACAUGUUUAUGUUACUAUUGUUAAGGAAUUUGACAAAACCUGUAAAUAUCAUUGGCAUGACAAAAAUACACCUUCCUACAUUUUCAGUACUUUGCAGAACAUACUAAACACGAUCAGAUGUUAAAUUAUUUUAGUCUAACCUUAAAUGUAGAUAAAAGUGCAACAAUUUCCUGGUUGAACCAAAGAAAGUAGAAAUGUUCUUCCAUGAGAUGUAAGAAUGAAGUUAGCACCAAGCUAUUGCUAUUUAAAGGGGCAGAACUCUUUUCAUUUUAUAGCAAAAUCAAUCAAUCUUCAGUCGUUUCAAAAAGGGUUUACAUGUCAAAAUAUCUUCAAAAAAUUGGACUUCACAAUUCAACAUGUUGAAAUUGGGCCUCUGCCUCUUUAAGAAGCUUCUGCUCUUUCUGACUCUCCGCCUUCAACAACAACAUUUCUCCAUCUAUAAUCAUUUUCAGGAGCGUUGCAAUGAGAAAUAGUUUUUAUAGCUUAGCAGAUUCACAGUUCCAACAAGUGUUAGCUAAUACUUGCUGCUGGGUUACUCCAUUUUACAUAAAAGUAAUUGAUUGAUUGAUCAUCAGUAAGUGUGAUUGCAUUUAUAAAGACAGGACUUCAGCCAGGUUCUGGUCCAGUUUGUUAACAUAAUGUAAAAAACCCCCAGAGGGAUACAGGUGUAAAUAUUUUUCUUGUGUGUCGCUCACAAACUAAAAAUGAACUCUGACUCACUCCGAAGCAGGUUUGCCCUCUUAUUGUCUCAGUGGUCGUAAAAAUGCAACAAAGACUCGAGACGAGGACACAUAGAGCCGCUGUUUUGUCUUCUACAAGCUAAAAUAGCAACAUUCAUGUUUCCUCGUAAUUCAUGAGCAGUUUGCACGAAAACACAUCAUCACGUCUGGAGUUAGCUGCUCUAUUUCUAUUUUUGUUUUUAUGGCGAGCUUAAAAAUAGGUCAAAUCUAUCUGCUGUCUGUUUUAUGGCUUAUUUUAUAGUUUUAGUAACUAUUAUAGGAACCGUUCUUUAGCUUUACAGCUUCCUUUUCCUUCCAGAAGUCAACAGCACAAAGGUUUCUGUUGCUGGAAAUAGAUGCAGGUCUUUUUUUUUUUUUUUUUUUUUUUACGAUUAUUAGAGGUCCAUUUUGGUACACAUCAAAAAGGGAAAAAAUAGAAACAUUGUAAAAGGAAAAUUUACUCCUCAAGUUCAGGAUCAGGUUGAAUUCUCCUCAAAGCUUGUGUAAAUAUUGUACAGAUUAUUCAUGCUGGUGAUUAAAAUUAUACAUUUAUUCUUCUUAAA